CUAUAAGAUUACCACCAUCACCAACUGCAGCCAUUUCAGAAAAGCUCGGAUAUCUCAUUCCAACUUACAUUUAAAUACCUUUCCAUUCUUCCACUCUCAAGCCAGAAAAAGGUUUUAAACAUUCAACCUUAACGGCACCGAGCUUCGAACAUCCUCUCAAUACCCAUAUCGAUCAACACAUACAACCGCAACAAUGAAGAUGCCCUCCGGUUCCAAGGACGCACUCUCGGAGCGUAUCCACACUUCCCUAAGAUCGUUCAAUUACCAUGCUAGUGAUUGCCCAUCUUGCUGCGACCCAUACUCCGUUCAUCUCUCCAAGACCCUUGUCCUCUGCGAUGUCGGGCAUGCGCUCGCUCAGGAGGCAGCGGAGGCACUGUACGCAAAGGCUAGGACAACCCCAAUGGGCCAGAUCGACGUCACAUUCCCAGAAGGUUGGGAGUCUGUUGACGGGUUGAUCAAAUCCAUCACCCACCGGCUCCAGGGAACACCGAGCAACCGCAUCGACCUCGAGGCAAUGAAGAACGCGAAGAUGGUAUCUAGCAAUGCCGCGAGGAGGAUCGAGGCCGAGAGGAGGGGGAAAAUCACAUAUGUUUCUGCCGAGGAGGUUAGCCGCGGAAGUUCAUUCGCCAUGGACCUUUCCAGGAGGGGAAUUGUUGAGGUGGCUUCUGGCCCAGCAAUGCAGAGGUCUAGGUCGAAACACUACCGGUACCCCGACCCUAGCAGGUCUUCCGGAUUAGACCUCAUUGCUACCGCCCACGACUCCCACCGCCACCACCACCACCACCACCACGGUCGUCGUGCGGAUUCUCACUCCUCGAGGGAGCAUGGGUCUCCAAGGAGCACCGGGAGGGCGGUCACCUUCAACCCGGAUAUCGAGAUGCGCUACUUUUAAGUAAAUGGUACACCUUCCAGAGAAAGAAGCAACCCCUUAAUUCAACGAAAAGUUUGAGGAAACUUUAAUUCUUUUCCUGCCUUCCAAAGGGGGAAGGAAUAAUACCCGACCCCAUCCACCGCGCUCCACACCCAUUACCCCCAUCGCAUUCACAAAACGCCCCUCUCCACACGUAUCACCCACCCACCCCCCUUCCACCCACCGAUAGCAUCUUCUGAAUAUAUCGUCUUUUCACCGACUCCCGCGGGACAACGCGAACUGAACGAACACCCUGGCAGAAGCUGCAAAAAUCGGUCGACCGGCAGGAAGAACAUGGGGAGGAUACUUGGCAGCGUCCGAACGGAAACAUCUGAAAGCCCUCCUUCAUCAUGGCAGGGCUGAGAUCAUUGUUUAUCUGCCGACCUUUUCAUGUACACGUCGAUACCCCGAAGAAAACUAGAAGGAAAAAAAAAAAGAUUGGAGAAGGCUUAUUUGAGACUCCUCCUCCUUGAUUGGCUGGUGGGAGCUGAAAUGGGUUCUACGUUUUUGAUUUUUUGAUUCCUUUCCGCUUUUUCUACUUUUCUUCCAACCGUCUCUCGCUAGGAGGGGCUUGGUAUAGAGAGCAGCGCGUUUUUGUUUGUACUUUUCGAUAGCUUUUCGUUUCUUUAUUUGUUCUCCCGAUUGUUCGGAUAGAUAAAAGGAUUUUCCUUUUUUUCUAAGCUUUGGAUGAAUAGGCUUGAUGGAAUGGACGGAAGGACGGAAAGGGACGCUCUUUAACAUUUUUUCUCUUUCCUUAUAUUUUUCCUUUCCUUUGUAAAAGCCUUUUUAUUGGCAGUUGGAUAUAGCAACCGGUCCUGUACAUGUGCUUUUUGUCCUUCGGACGAUAAUCAUUUCCUUUGUAUUUGAAUUAAAAAGAUAUUUGCCAAAAAA